CACUCCGCAUGCUGAGGAGGCUUCAAACCCGUCCACACUGCACAAGAAGAAGGGACGCCAUCUUGGCAGUUUUACCUCCUAGAGGAGAGGAGGGCUGAGACCCGCAGCAGCGAUCGCACGACGCCACAAAAAAAAUCGGAAAGGCAUACGAAGCCAACACGGCCCAACGCCUCCCCCCUUCCCCUUUUCCCCUGUGCUGACAAGGCGCUGAGACAAUGUUUUAUGCCCACUUUGUCCUCAGCAAACGUGGGCCGCUGGCCAAAAUCUGGCUGGCGGCCCACUGGGACAAGAAGCUGACCAAGGCUCAUGUGUUUGAGUGCAACCUGGAAAGCAGUGUGGAGAGCAUCAUCUCACCAAAAGUGAAAAUGGCUUUACGGACAUCGGGACACCUGCUCCUGGGUGUGGUGAGGAUCUACCACAGAAAGGCUAAGUACCUCCUGGCCGACUGUAACGAAGCCUUCAUCAAGAUUAAGAUGGCGUUCCGACCAGGAGUGGUAGAUCUACCAGAAGAAAACCGAGAAGCAGCCUACAAUGCCAUCACACUACCUGAAGAGUUUCAUGAUUUUGACCAGCCACUGCCAGACCUAGAUGACAUUGAUGUGGCUCAGCAGUUCAACUUGAAUCAGAGCAGAGUGGAAGAAAUCACCAUGAGAGAGGAGGUGGGCAACCUUAACCUGCUGCAAGACAAUGAUUUCGCUGACUUUGGCAUGGACGACCGUGAGAUGAUGCGAGAGGAGAGCGCGUUUGAGGUGGACAUCAUGGGUUCAUCAGCUUCCAACCUCCUACUGGAGGCUGAGGGUGGAGCUAAUCAAAUGACGGACAAGUCCAAUCACCUGGAGUAUGAUGAGCAGUACAAGGACGACUUCGGAGACAAUCCCAUGGAGAGCAACGAGGGGGGGAUGCUUGUUGACAAGCUGCUAAGUAACGAGGAUGGAGGUGGCAUAUUUGACGACCCUCCUGCCAUCGCAGAGGGCGUCAUGAUGCCCCAGGAUCACGGGGAGGAUGAGGAUGACUUUGAUGCUCUAUCAGCGGGAGCCCCAGACAGUCCGGAUUCCGGCCCAACCGAACCAGCCCCGGCCAUGACGGACCAGCAGGAACAAACUGCUCUGGCUCACAACGAGGAAGAAACCUUCGCCCUGGAGCCCAUCGACAUCACAGUGAAGGAGACCAAGGCGAAGCGUAAAAGGAAGCUGAUAGUAGACAGCGUGAAGGAGCUGGACAGUAAAACUAUCCGUGCUCAGCUUUCUGACUACUCCGACAUUGUCACAACCCUGGAUUUGGCUCCUCCCACCAAAAAACUGAUGAUGUGGAAGGAGACGGGUGGAGUUGAGAAGCUCUUCUCCCUCCCAGCUCAGACUCUCUGGAACGCCCGGCUGCUCAAGAUGUUUACGAGAUGUCUGACGCCGCUGGUCCCAGACGAGCUGAGAAAGAGGAGAAAAGGUGGGGAGGCAGACAGUCUAGAUGAGUUCCUCAAGGAUCUGGAGAACCCGGAGGUACCAAGAGACGAAGCAGGAGCUCUUCAGCAGAGAGAUAUCAUAGACCAGACCAUCAUGGAGGAGGCCAACGCGCUGCAGGCUUCAGCCAUGGAGGGUAGCAGGACGACGCUGGACGAAGCCGUCAUGCCCCCACCAUCCUCCCAAAGAGGCCUGAAGCGCAAGUCCCAGGACUUAGACCCAACCCUUCCUACAGGAAACCUGGAUGAGCAGCAGCAACAGAUGCAGCAGGGAUCAAUCGCAGCUGCCUCUCAGCAACUUGAAGCCUCCACAGUGAAUUUGCCCCCUGAGGAGACCACCGCUAACAUCAGCCAGCUAAUAGAGCUGGACUUACUUGCUGACAAAGACAAGAAGAAGAACGAUGAUGACUCUGAUGAAGAGGAGGAGGAGGGACAGGGAGGAGAGCAAGACCAGGAGGAGAGGAGGUGGAACAAAAGAACUCAGCAGAUGCUUCAUGGCCUACAGAGGGUGAUGGCCAAAACUGGUGCUCAGUCAGUCAGCCUGUUGGACCUGUGCAGGAACAACAACAGAAAGCAGGCAGCUGCCAAGUUCUACAGCUUCCUGGUUCUGAAGAAGCAGCAGGCGGUGGAGCUCGUCCAGGAGGAUCCAUACAGUGACAUUGUUGCUACGCCAGGACCUCGAUUCCACGUCAUCUAGAAUUAAGCUUCAGGACCAGCAAUUUAAAAGGAAUAAAUUCGGUUUAGAGGGCCUUAUUUGUUUAGCAGCACUGUUUUUAUUUAACUAAAGUCUUAUUGAUUUGUUGUUGUAUGCUUAAUUUCUGCAAACAGAAGUGGGGGAAAAAUUUAUUCAGAUAUCCAGCUUUGAAAAUAUAUAGAAGACUGCAACUUAAACUGAGAAAACUAUUUAUGUUAAAAUGAAUUUAUGUUGCACUGAAUAUGAUGAAAUUCCACCAUCUAACACAUUCAGUCUGUGGUCGUCUAGCUGUAAGAAUCUGGUAUUUAUUGUAACCUUGUGUGCACAGAAUGCAAUAUAUAUAUGUUUUGUAUUUGUCUUCAAAAUACCACAGAAUAGUAACAAAACUCUAUGGAUAAUGAAAAAAUGGGUUUUAUGGAAAUCCUGCAUGCCGUCUCCAGAAAUUAACGUUUGAAUUGCGUCUUGCUUUUCUCUUUAUUUGUUGUUUAUUAUCAGGAUUUGGUUCGUUCACUUUUCUUUUACUGACAAUAAUCAAGCUGUCUGAUUCUGUGUUCUUCUGUUUCAGUAAUACAGUGUUGUUUGUAUGCAAAAUAUUAGUUCUUUUAUACAUAAAACUGGAAAGAAGAACAAAAA